AGAGGGGCGAUUCUCUCAUUCACAGCCCAGCUCGCCCCUCGACAGCACAGACAAGUGUUGUUCUUCAAAUGGACGUAUCGACCCUUCCUGAAGACAGGCGUAAAGGAUGGUACCUUUCUCUGAUGGCCCCCAACAUAAAAGGACCAGCUUUCGCCUGGUUGGACCCGUCCAGGCUCUACUGCAGCUCCCAGGCUCUUGCAGACUGCGUCAAAGACCUCCUCGGUCCGUUUCACAGUGACACCAUUGACCUGGUUGCUGGGAUAGAUGCAAUGGGAUUCAUUCUUGGCGCGUCCGUUGCCACCAUGCUUGGAAAAGGUUUCCUGGCUAUUCGCAAAGCGGGUCACCUGUGUGUCGCGACCCAAACCCAAAACUACACCGACUACACGGGCCGAGAUAAGACGAUGGAAGUAAGACUGGAUGUACUAAAACCAGGUAUGCAUGUGUUGCUAGUGGACCAGUGGGUAGAAACUGGAGGCACCAUGAAAGCUGCCAUCCAGCUGGUGGAGCAGCUGGGAGCCACAGUCGUAGGUGUGGCAGCUGUGGCCAUCGAGAACACCGAAGGAGGAAGGUGGAUUAAAGACAAUUACAAAUUCUCUCACUGCAUCCCGGAAGAGCUGCAGAGCCAAGUCGAUGGGAAAUAUCUCGACUCCUUCAAAAUCUUUAACAACUGAACAAGUAACCAUGGUUCCUUAAAGUUCAGUGAAGAAGAGAAAUAGUGACGUUUUAUAAAACUUAAGAUGAUGCCUUGUUUUCUAGAAUUACAGUUAAAUCAUUGUUUAACUAACCUUUUAAUCUUUAAUAUGGUUGUAAUAAUUGAAACACGUGAUUUAUGAUGAUUUAUUUUCUUUUUUUUAAUAUCUUUGUAAAAUGUACCAUUAGAAAAAUUUUAAACACAAUAAAAGCUAAAUGCACACUA